ACAUUCAUCCCGGGUCCGCCCUUUGCCUUUGGCGCAUUUCUUGCUCUCUCAGCAAUCCUGGUAGCCAUUCUCAUUCCGGACAACCACGCCUACCUUAAUCUCCCCACCACCGUCUCUGGGGCUGCUGCAUCCGCCACAGCCCAAUCCAAAUCGCGCCGUCUAGGUCAUGGAAUGUCUUCGAACUCGGAGAGCACUUCGAACCUCCUUUUAGCUUGUGAAGAGGAAGAAGUGGAGGGUUAUGGUUGUCCCAGCCAGGACGCAGAAUCUCCCUCCUCAAAUUCCAGUUUCGUCGCAUUCACGUCCAAUGCCAUUGACAGGAGGAGACGCCUUCGAGAUUGUCGACACCACCGUCAACCCUCCGCCAGCAAGAUCCCCCGCAUUCCUCAAGCCGUACCUCCCGUCAAUACCACUGCACAAACUUUCUUCCAGGCUCACACCAAGCUUGCAAAUCCACUACGUCGAAUCAUCUCCGGCGGCUUUCGACAGCGCUCCAACUCAUUGCGGCCGCAAUCGGCCACUUCCUCCUCCAAUCAUCACUUCUUCGGUGAUGUGCAAACGCAGGAGACAGAGGCUGCAGAUCUAGCCAAUUUUCGAGUAUCACGCAAGAUCUCUGAAGGGGUCGCUGGAAGUGGUGGAGGUGGUGUCACUGAACCUGAUACUUUCUUCCUUCCUCAAUCGUCAAACUUAACCUUCUUUGGUGGUGGUCAGUCGCUACUCUUUUAA